CUAAGCCUAAAUAACGUAGCGCCGGACUUUAAAGUCCUUUUUAAAAAUACGGAACAUAUGGCUAUUGUCGAUAAAAGCAAAAGGUUCGGCAUUUGCACGGCCUUUUCGACCUCGACUUCGAUUUCGACCCCGACCUUAACUAGCGUUUGCAAGGCUAUCGGCAAAAAGGCCGCCAGCAAAAGGGAUAGGGCGGAAAAUAACGACGCCGACGUUCCGAAAAAGGAAGGGGAGUUUGUUGUACAAAGCGCUUAUAUCGCGCUGGAAAUAAAUGGUAUAAUUUUGGUUAAACCAUUUGCAUUAAUAGCGAAAGCAUUUCUUUUAAAUAAAAUCGCCGUUUACGGACUAACGAAAGUUGCGCAUCCAUUUAAGCUUAUGGUCGUUAACGCAUUAUUAUUAGAGGUUACUUGUAAAAAAAGGCUCGGGAUCCUUUAA